GGCCUGGCGUGCCUCGGCUACGGGACGUGCGUGGGCGUGCUGCUGCACGUCCUGGACGUGGACCUGUCGCAGGCGUUCGGCCUGGCCGCCUUCCUGCUUAGCUUCGUGCCAGAGGUGGGGGCCAUCGUGGCCCUGCUGCUGCCCGCCCCCGUGAUCCUGUUCGACAGCCGCCUAGAGGCCCCGCUCAUGACCCUGGCGGUCGCCACCGCGGGGCAGCUGGGCCUGAAGUUCGUGUUCGCCAACGUGGUGGAGGUGAAGCUCGUGGAGGCAGACCAGCUGAUGAAGAUGCACCCCGUCAUCAUUCUGCUGGCCGUGACCCUCUUCGGAUUCAUCUGGGGACCGACAGGCAUGUUGCUGGCGGUGCCCCUCGUCGCGGGCGUCAAGGUCGCGCUGCUCUCGGACCAGGUGCCCGCCUGCUACCGCGACCCCGUGCUCGUGUUCCUGGAGGCCCUGCCCCUGCGUGCCUGCGCUCGGUACGCGGGGGGCCGGUUCCCCCACGGGCAUGCCGUGGUGUUCCACGGGCACGUUGGCAGUGCAUGCUUUGGUGCGCACGCGCACGCCGUGGUGCUCACAGGCGUCACGGUGGAGGUCUAA